ACAGUUACGCUAUGUAAGAGCUAAACCGGUUUCUGAUUUAAGACUCCUUAAAACCCAAACUGUUGACGAAAGGAAAUAACAGAAAAAGAAAUACUAUGCUGACGAAGAAGACAUUCCAGCAUCUUUUGACAAGGACUCCCAGGAUUCUGACCUUAUGUGUUAUUUUAAUGCUGCUGUUAACUAACUUAUUUUUGUAUAUAUUGGACGAAUUCCCUUCUACCUCAACUAUUAAACUUGACAAGACCAAGAAAAAUUUUACUGAUGUUUCAUUAGAAGAAUCUGAGCGUCGUUCUGGAAGAAACUUGUUAAAAGAGAACUGUAGAACAAGAUCUGAAGCCAGCAUGACUCCUUUAUCUCAAGUUCUAAGAAAUCUCGUCGUUAUAGAUAGAUACAAAGUCUUAUAUUGCCGGGCUGGCAAGACUGGCAGCUGGACAACUCUUCAACUUCUAUAUAAUUUAGAAUUAAACACUAAUAUUAGUCGCCAUGAGGUGAGGAAGCUGGCCUUAGAAAAGCCAUUGCCAGUUCUUUCAGAUUUUUCUGAGAAGGAUAUCCAACUACGUCUUGCUACUUACAAAAAGUUUCUUGUGGCUCGGAAUCCACUUGAAAGAAUGGCGUCCGUGUGGAGCGGUUUUUUCGCAACUUACCCUUGGUUCGGAUGGAACGAGAAAUAUCAAAGUAUGAUGGAAACAAUUUGCCCGAAUACAACUGCAAAAAAGGUGGUUUGUGAUAGAGUAACAGAAAUCAAAGGGAUUGGAAACCAGACUCAUCAACUUGUACCGUUUAGAGCCUUUGCAAAGGCCGUAGCCGCCGCUGGGAAUAUAACAAAGUUCUCCAAUCCACAUUGGACCCCCAUUAACAAAAUAUGUAGUCCUUGUCUGCUACAGUACGACUUCGUUGCCCACACUGAGAGUUUGGCUGAAGACCUGAGGACUUUUUUUCAGAUAGUUGGGGUUGCUGAAAAAAACAACAUAUUUCCUCAAAAGCGCACGAGAAUCGGGGACAAAAUGCUUUUGGAAGUAUUUAAGAAAGUACCAAUUGAAGAUAUUUACCGAAUUGGCGAAAGAUACAAAGACGAAUAUGCUUUUUUUGGUUACUCUUUCGAGGACGAUUUGCAAAAGCUUAUCCAUGUAGGUUAAUGAAAUGACCAGUUAAUGAAGCAACUCGUUUAACCACUUGUACGCACUUUAUACCUUCUUAAAGUGCCAAGAUCUAACACCAAGCUUCACAUGUGUUCAUAUGUUCAAAGGCCUAACGGAUAUAUAUGGAUUGGACCAAUGGAUACGCAGCUACCUUGGAAAUAGGAAACAAACUGUCUUUGGCAGCUUUUCAUUUCACAGAAAAUUCAAGAAACCAAGUGCAGUGCACCGCAGGAGAGCUACCUUGGACAAUUAUUAUUUUCCAAAUUUGUGAACAAUCUUCCCACCAUAACAAAGUAAAGUACAGACGU